GCGGCCGAGAGCCCGGUGCGGCCGGAGCAGGGAAGCGGGGUCCGGGUGCGCCGCGGGCCGGCGUCGGGGUGCGGCGGAUGGCGCUCUCGGGGCCGCUGCUCGGGGGUGCGCGCCGGGCGGUCCUCAGGUCGGCGGAGGCUGCGCUCUGGGGUUUGAAGUCAAUAAAAGGAAGCUGCCACAAUUUUUGUACUGCUAUUUUUAAAGAUGUCACUUAUAAGGAACUUAAAAACCUCUUGAAUUCCAAAAAAAUUAUGUUAAUUGAUGUUAGAGAGACAUGGGAAAUUGUCAAGUAUGGAAAAAUCCCUGGGUCUGUCAAUAUACCACUGGGUGAGGUAGGUGAAGCUCUACAGAUGAACCCAAAAGACUUCAAAGAGAAGUACAAUGAAGUAAAGCCAUCCAAAUCUGACAGUCUAGUGUUUUCUUGUUUAGCCGGAGUGAGAAGCAAGAAGGCAUUGGACACAGCAAUAUCCCUGGGCUUUAACAGUGCUCAACACUAUGCUGGAGGAUGGAACGAAUGGGCAACCUAUGAAUUUUCAGAGAAGAAACAUGGAAAUUGAAUUCUGGAACACAAGUUGGCUCUUUUCUUGUGUACAUGCAGCCUAGGAUAGUGAAAUGAACAAAAGAAUAACAAUCUAGCCCUGGCAUCACUGGCUAAUGGGAAGGGGAUUUUGCGUAAUUCAAUUAUUUGUUGAAUCUUUCCCUUAACUAUAAAUUGAGAAUACUACUUGCCCUUAGCUAUUUCCAAAAGCUACUGAUAAUUAAAAUAAUGUAUAUGACUUGCCAUGGAAAUAUAAGGUUGGGAUUCUCGAAUUUUUAAAUAGUUUAGUAUAGUACAAUAGUUUUCCUGAAGCCUGGGUUACUUAUAAUACCUAAUCAUAUUGUAUGACCAUUUGUGUUAGCAUAGCGUCUAUUCAUUGAAGAGGCUAUGAGCUAGACAAGUUAUUUUUUUAAAUGAUUAAAAUGCUUUUUUCCUUUGUAAAUUUCCCCAUUUUAGAAAAUUCAUAAAAGUUAUUUUCCUAUUAUGAUAUACAGUACAAAUAUUUUUGUGGAUCUACUUUUCACCCAUAAUGAGUAUUUACUGAAUGUUGAAUAAUAUAAAACAGCUAGUAAGCAUUUCUUGAACAUCUUUUCUUAGUUUAGAUCCUAUGCUAAAUAUUCCAAAUGCUAAAAAGAUAAUAAAAAAGAUGUGAUUCUUCUCUGAA